AUGGCAGAUGGAAAAGCGUGUUACAAGUGUGGUAAGGGAUGUAAAAUGCUUGAGGAGUGUUAUUGCUGUCCCUGGUGUUGUGAGGUCUGUAGCGGAGACAUCCAGUGCGAUGAAUGCCGUCAGUUCUACUUGUUACGCCUGGAUUACAAAGAUCCGACUUACAAUUGCGGUAGUCCGAUAUGUGACACCCAAUGUAAAGAUAAGCAGGACACCUGUGAAUGUAAGUGUUGUCUAGAGAAACGUGCAACACAGGCCGGCGCAUUCGCCGCUCAACCCAGUUCCAUGGUUAUCCCCAGUACCACAGCUUACCCCGCUGUCAUCGCUCCCAUCAUCGUCCUUGUCAUCGUGUGCCUUAUGAGCGUCUUUCGCGUGCGACCGUUCCACAAGGUCCGCGAUUGUUUCGAACGCAGAUGA